GAUUAGUGGCAGGCCACAAGAAAACAAGAACAACAAACCCAGAUCGGACCACUUAAACCGGAAAUAGACCAUUAAACGUUCUCACACACACAUGCACACGCACGGACAAAGGCAUCAUAUGGUGGAAAAGCCAAGCCGCUAAACAACAAACGGCUGCUGCUGCUGCUGCUGCUGCUGCUCUCUCAAGGUCGUCGGCUCAGACGCCAACGUCGACGAACAUCACUCCGCCCCCAAACGCAACAAGACGCAACUCGAGCCGCAACACGCAACAUUGGGGAGCCGAGCCAUUCACCAUUCGCCAUUCGCCAUCCAUCAGGCAGCGAGCUGAAUCAGUAUUCGAGCAACUCUCGACGCGAAUGCAAGUGAGAACUCCAUUUGUUGCAUUGGAUCAACGAUCACCGUUGACGGUGGAUUCCUCCUGCCCCAAACGGAAAAAAUGCGAUAUGGACCGAGAGCGCGAAAGAGAUGUCAAGGCCCUGGAGCCACGCGACUUGUCCUCCACGGGCCGCAUUUACGCCAGAAGCGAUAUUAAAAUCAGCUCCUCGCCAACCGUCUCGCCAACGAUCUCAAACUCCUCUUCGCCCACUCCGACGCCACCCGCCAGUUCCUCAGUGACGCCGCUGGGAUUGCCCGGAGCGGUGGCAGCUGCUGCCGCCGCCGUCGGAGGAGCCUCCUCGGCGGGGGCCAGUUCCUAUUUGCACGGCAACCACAAGCCCAUCACCGGGAUACCGUGUGUGGCCGCCGCCUCCCGCUACACGGCACCCGUUCACAUCGACGUGGGCGGGACCAUCUACACCAGCUCGCUGGAGACGCUCACCAAGUACCCGGAGUCGAAGCUGGCCAAGCUCUUCAAUGGCCAGAUACCCAUCGUGCUGGACUCGCUGAAGCAGCACUAUUUCAUCGAUCGCGACGGGGGCAUGUUCCGCCACAUUCUUAACUUUAUGAGAAACUCAAGACUUCUGAUUGCCGAGGACUUUCCGGACCUGGAGCUGCUGCUGGAGGAGGCACGCUACUACGAAGUGGAGCCGAUGAUUAAGCAGCUGGAGAGCAUGCGCAAGGAUCGCGUUCGCAACGGCAACUAUUUGGUGGCGCCACCCACUCCACCGGCUCGCCACAUCAAGACGAGCCCGAGGACCAGCGCAUCGCCGGAGUGCAAUUACGAGGUAGUGGCGCUGCACAUCUCGCCGGACCUUGGCGAGCGCAUAAUGCUAUCGGCGGAACGGGCUCUGCUCGACGAGCUCUUCCCUGAGGCCAGCCAGGCGACACAGUCGAGUCGCAGCGGAGUGUCCUGGAACCAGGGCGACUGGGGGCAAAUCAUCCGCUUCCCCCUCAAUGGCUACUGCAAGCUGAACUCGGUGCAGGUGCUCACCCGACUCCUCAACGCUGGCUUCACCAUCGAGGCAAGCGUUGGGGGCCAGCAGUUCUCCGAGUAUCUGCUGGCGCGACGCGUUCCAAUGUGAUAGGCUCUGGCUCGGGAUUCCCCAGCUCCCCAAGAAGCUGCAGAUGUAUCGAUGAUUCCCUCGGCUUCUGCGGCUUCUGUGGCUUCUGUUUCCGGUUCCGGUUCGGAUUCGGGCUCGGGUUCGGGUUCGGCAUCCGGCUCUUUGCGACGCGGACGUCUGAUCCAUGUGCGUUGCAGGCGCUAAUUGAUCUGGGUUUGGGACCCAGAAUCACAGGUGGGGAGAGUAGUCUAUGAACAAUUCCAGGUGAUACAAAGUACUGAGAAGGGCAAAUGGAAAAUCAAGUGUCACGCCGAAUUGUUUAUAUUUUUAACACAUUAACACUCUAUUCACCACCGUUUGGGGACUGCGCAUUGCUGCUCUGAGCAGUGAAAUACAUAUUUUAGAAAUACUUGGGCACCGUUCGGUGAGGAUGCAAGUUCUGAAUCUGAAUCCAAAUGUUAUUUAAUGUUUAUCAAUUAAGUUUGCUGGCACGGACACUGAACGCAAACACGCUCGUGCGUAUUAUUAAGCAUUUACAGAGCCAAGAGCCCAGCACUGAUUUUGUUUUUUAGCCUUGAGUUUAAGUCGAUAUUGUUUUCUAUAAGUGUACCACCUACUGCUAAUGACCCUAAGUUGUUUCAUUGAAUCGAGUUGGCCAGGGAUAUUAGCUGGCUUAAAUUAUUGUAACACACACGGAAAACUAUGGUAGUAUCAACUCACAGCGAAAUAGUUUUGUAGUACUUAAUUGAUGUAAUUGAACCUUUAUGA